AUGAUGAUGAUAAGACCAGCUGGAAGUUCGGGGUCCUCAAGGUGUCAAGACUGUGGAAACCAAGCUAAGAAAGACUGUGUUUACAUGAGAUGCAGGACUUGUUGUAAGAGUAAAGGUUUUCCGUGUCCAACACACGUUAAGAGCACCUGGGUUCCUGCUGUUAGAAGGCGACAGAGGGCUCAAAAUCUUUCUCCUAUUCAGCAACUGCAGCUUCAAGGACACAACCCUAAAAGGCUCAGAGAAAAUCCUUCAACAGGUUUAGAAAUGGUGAAUUUUCCUGCUGAAGUGCACUCUACAGCCACAUUUCGUUGCUUUAGAGUGAGCUCCAUUGACGAAGCAAUUGAUCAAUUUGCAUAUCAAACAAGUGUGAAUAUAGGAGGCCAUGUUUUCAAGGGUAUUCUCUAUGAUCAAGGCCCUGAAAAUCGUUACAAUUUUAGCGAAAGCUCUUCCAGACAACUUGAAGAGGCUAAUCUCACGACUGCAGGUGCCCUAACUCCUGCUACUACCACUUUAGCUUCAACUUCAGGUGCUGCAGAAUCUCUUGCUCCUCCUUCAUAUCCAUUUCCCCUUAAUGCUUUUAUAUCCAGUACGCAACUUUUCCUGCACCCAAAAUCAUAG